AUGCGGCAGGCAGCUGGCACCGUGGACACGUGGUCGGAUGAGCAGGCUUUCAGUUUCGGCAUUGCCAACAGCGGCGGUCGCUAUGAAAUCUGCUAUUGUGCAAACUACGACACGUCAGAGAGGACGAACAGCUACGAUGCCGCAUCUGGCGCGUAUACUGCCUGCGACAGUGACGCAGAAUUCACGCACAGUGCGGGUGCACUCAUUGCAACCUGGUAUUGCGUUUUUGGCUCUGGAGUGUGCCGGCUCACGGUGGCAGUAUCUGGAACUUGA